UAUUUCAGCUCAACACGGGCAGGGGGCGCGAGUCCAGGGAGCCAGCGGCUUCUCCGCUCGGUUCAAACCGGAUAAGAAAACGGAAACAGUGGCAGAAGAAGAAAGAGGAGGCGGAGUAGAUCAGUGAUAGUAGUAGAAAAGGGAAGAUAAGUUGUAGGAAAAUUUGCGGUCGUUCAGUUUCGGUCUGUAACUUACAUCAAACUCAACUUGAAGUUCUGGUACCGGAUAAAAGAACCGGGACUUCGCGGUGGGACUCGUGAAACCAGUCUGAAGAGUCCAGAGGGAAUCAGUUUGUCCUCAUGGACCCCUAGCAAGGAGCUCAAGGACUCCCUGGUGGACAUGUACAGAGGCUGUUUGUUUGAUAUUUCAGCUAAUCCCAGAGUGAAUGUGGAACUGCGACAGCGCCUGCCUUCACCUUCCCGACUGCCCAUCAGUGGUUCUGACAGGUUGGAGAGCAACGUUAAGAAGGACCUCAGCGGCCGGCCCCAAGCCUCUCAGAACCUUCUGGAUUUUCCUGUCUCCUGGUCUCCGUCCCCUGUCUCCCACAGGAGGUCCGUCUCCCCCACCUCCUCUCCAUCUUUCAGGAACUCAGCAUCUCCGUUGUCCUUCAGCUUUCAGAAAGCUCCAGGGGAGAUGGAGGCAGACCUUUCUCCUAGCAGAGGCCCUUCUCCGUGGGCAGAGAGCUACAGGGAUUCCCCAGAUGAAGGUCCAACAUGUAGAGGUCCUGGUAGCCCUGGUCUGAGACCUCACCUGGUUACUGCUGGUGACAACCAUCAUCAGACCUCUGCAUCAGCUCCGCUCCACAGCUUUGAUCGAGACAAAAACAUCUCAUUCUUACUGAAGGAACUCGACUCUCUGCGAGAAGUAAACAACAAGCUGCAGGAGCAGCUCGUCCACAAGGAGAAGGAGCUACAGAGGAGGGAGCUGGAUGAGGAGUUGAUGGAGGAGCAAAGGGAGGCCCGACACUGGGAGAGACCCACAUUGGUGCUGGAGGAGGUGCUGGCAUCUCAGAAGGACAGAGAUCAGGCUCUGAUGUCGCGUCUCCUGCUGGCCAAUGAAGAGAGAGACGAGGCUUUGCUUCGCGCCCGCAGACUGCAGCAGGCGGCUGGUUCAGAAGAUCUCCACCUGCAGGACUCUGACAUGGACGUGGAGGAGCUCCUUCAGGGAAUCUGUGAAGCCGACUCCAUCCAGGACAUUCAUCAGUUUGGUUCUGUUCUCAUUCAACGUCUUCAGUUGGCACGGCAACGGCGUCAUGACAUCACCUCUCAGGAGAUGACAGCUGUGAUGGAGGAGAGAGACAAAACUGUUGCUAAGUAUAAGAAGCUGGAAGAGGACCUGCUUCAGCACAAGGAGCAGUGGGCGAGCCAGGAUGAGCUGCUAAGGCUCCAGAGGGAGAACGAUGCAGCUCUGAAAGACAGACAGCGACUGGAGGCGGAGAUUCAGGCACUACGAGCCAAUCACAGCUCUGAUGACCUCACUUCUCCCUCGCUGUCCAGUGAUGUCAUGUCUCCGUCAGACAGCUUGGCGGCAGCUCAGGAGGCCCCGUCCCCUCAGUCCCCCGCCCUCCUGCUGCAGCUGCAGCAGUUGUCCAGAGAGAAGCAGAGCAUGGAGGCGGAGCUUCAACGCUGCCAGGAGGCGGAGCGAGAGGCCAGCGAGAGAGUCCGCAGGUUGGAGCGUCUGGUGGAGGUGCUGAGAAAGAAAGUUGGAACAGGAAGUCUCCGUGCCGUCAUCUGACUCCUGAUGGUCUGUCUCAUUGGACCGAGCUGUUCGUUCCGGAUGUUCUCAAUCUCUGACCUUUGACCUCUGUCUCUGAUUGAAGCUGAUUUUUACUUUUUCUGUCAUUAAAUAAAAUCAUCAGUCAUCUUUA